AUGUGCGGCAAUCCCAAAUCGAGCAGCCAAGCAGCAAGCAACCUUUCCCCGGGCAAACGAGUCAUCGCACCGAUCGCCAAUGAACUAGCAACCUGCACAUCCAUCAGCCAGCCUGGCAGCCAGCCCCCUUAUCAGCAUCACCACCAUCGUCUUUGGUGCUUCAGGUUAGUUGCCAUUAGCAUUAUCAGUGCCACUGCCACCCGACUCGUGAUAUCUGCAGAUAACGAUAAGACCAUGCUCCGGCCCGGGCUCCACUCCUCUCCCCCGCACCCGUUCAACGUAAGGCAAGUCAACCGCGCACCACAACGCAUCACACACCACGCAACUCAUGGUGACUGUGGUUCUGGCGCAGUGGCACGCUGCAUCCGAACCGGCGUCUGCAGAUCGGACCCAUCUCCCGAAAGUACCACACGUUUCCUCCCCCUUUUACACUUGCGUAUAGAUACGCUCUGUGAGACCUGUACAUCGGAGGAGAAAGCGGGCACGGCAUCGUGGUAA